AGCCCGCGCGCCUGGGAAGCCGCGGAGGAGCCCCUCGGCCCGGCACGCCAAGAGGACAGGGGUUAAAAUGAAUGAAGACCUGAAGGUCAAUGUAAGCGGGCUGCCUCGGGAGUAUUUAGAUGCCGCUGCUGCGGAGAACAUCUCAGCCGCUGCCUCCUCCAAGGCUCCUGUUGCGGAGCCGGAGCCUGAGCUCGUAGUGAACCCCUGGGACAUUGUCCUGUGCACCUCGGGCACCCUCAUCUCCUGUGAAAAUGCUGUUGUGGUCCUUAUCAUCUUCCACAACCCCAGCCUGCGAGCACCCAUGUUCCUGCUGAUAGGCAGCCUGGCGCUUGCAGACCUGCUGGCCGGCGUCGGACUCAUCAUCAAUUUUGUUUUUGCCUAUUUGCUUCAGUCGGAAGCUACCAAGCUGGUCACCAUCGGACUCAUUGUCGCCUCUUUCUCCGCCUCUGUCUGCAGCUUGCUGGCUAUCACUGUGGACCGCUACCUCUCGCUCUAUUACGCUCUGACUUACCAUUCGGAGAGGACGGUCACCUUUACCUAUGUCAUGCUGGUCAUGCUCUGGGGGACCUCCAUCUGCCUGGGGCUGCUGCCAGUCCUGGGGUGGAACUGCCUGCGGGACGAGUCCACGUGCAGCGUGGUCAGACCCCUGACCAAGAACAACGCGGCCAUCCUCUCCGUCUCUUUCCUCUUCAUGUUUGCACUAAUGCUCCAGCUCUACAUUCAGAUCUGUAAGAUCGUGAUGAGGCAUGCCCAUCAGAUAGCCCUGCAGCACCACUUCCUGGCCACGUCGCACUAUGUGACCACCCGGAAAGGGGUCUCAACCCUAGCUCUCAUCAUGGGGACCUUUGCUGCUUGCUGGAUGCCUUUCACACUCUAUUCCUUGAUAGCAGAUUACACCUACCCCUCCAUCUACACCUACGCCACCCUCCUGCCCGCCACCUACAACUCCAUCAUCAACCCUGUCAUCUAUGCUUUCAGAAACCAAGAGAUCCAGAAGGCCCUCUGCCUCGUUUGUUGUGGCUGUGUCCCUCCCAGUCUGUCCCAGCGAGCACGGUCACCCAGUGAUGUGUAGCAGCCUUCCGCCUAAGAGGACGCUGCCUGUGACGAGCACUUCCACUGCCGCCAGACGGUUGACCUGCUUCCUUUCAAUUCUUUGCGUCGGAUUCCCUCUCAGGCUACCAGAGCACUGAACACUGAAACAGUGACAUCAUUCAGAUGAGUUAAGUGAUUAAAGCGAAAAUAAUGUCAUCAGUGUUGUUACCCUUUAAAAAAAUUGUUGGCCUCUCUGUUCAACAUUAUUUUGUUUUAUUCGGGUGUGGUUUCUUAUUUUGUUUGGGGCUCGGUGGAAAGGAAAGAAUAUGACCUGGCCAUGAUGUUAUAAAGUUUAAGUAAACAAGUUUCAGAGUUUUUACCUGGACUUUCAAAUAAAUCUGAGUUAUUAAGGAACAUGGAGAAGGAAUUACUUUUCUCAGGCUUUAAAAAAAAAAAAUCAAGGUAGAUUCUCAGUGCUGCAUGGAUCUGACAGAGUAUGAUCUCUUUCAAGCCAACAAAACUAGUUUACAUAAUUAUGUGUGGAAAGAACCUGCUUUUAUUAGCAUGUAUUCAGUAAUAAGUUACUGUCGCUGAAACUGUGAACUCAUUCGGAUUUAUUCUUUUUGCUUUCAGCAAUUACUGUUCAUAAGAAUUACCUUCUCGCUUCUGUAAAUGUUCCAGCUCCUUCUGCACAGUUGCCUAUGUUAGCUAGACCACUAGUUUCAAAUGGUGCCAUGUAAAUCCAGAACUAAAGUUGUCCUUUGUCACUACAGGUUUUCAGUAUGUCCUUUCUAAAAGGAAUCAUGAAAUAGGUUUUGAUUUACAUAUGAAGCAGGAUUGAUUAGAUCCACCAUUGUAGUUUCCUAAGCUACAGUCUGAUUGUUUUGAGGAACAAACGAAAAUAAAAAUAUCUAGUCAAAGUAGAUUAAAUUUAUUUUAAUAUAUUCUGAAAAUUAAUAUGACACCAUCAUGGAUUAUGCAAACAUCACAUUUUCUAUCUCUAAGAAUAUACUAACAGUUAUUCUUGAGUGAGACAGAUAGAAUUAAAUAUUAAAAUCAAAAUUUUCUGGUUCAUAUCAUCUCUACUGUAGCAUGCAUUUGAAAUGGGUGGUCUCCUGUCUUAACAAUUAAGUUUGUGAGUAUACAACACACAUAUCUGCGGUGUUUAUCAGCUGUAUCCUACAAGUUCAUGAGCAGAGUAACCAUGUGGCUAGUCGUGAAAAGUUAUGUUUGAACUCCUUCUCACUAAAGAACAAAAAACCUUAAAUGCAAUAAAAACUGUAUUGCCU